CUCCACCCGGGCCGGUCGCCAGCCGGCAUAAAUACCGACCCCCUCCCCUCCUCCAAUCCUCACAACAGCUCCCAGGCACGGAACCAACAAAUCCCCACCCAAUCUCGUCUCCGAUCGACUCCACGCUCGUCGAAUACUCCUCCCCCACCGCCUCAAGAUGCAGAUCUUUGUGAAGACCCUCACUGGCAAGACCAUCACCCUAGAGGUUGAGAGCUCCGACACCAUAGACAACGUCAAGGCCAAGAUCCAGGACAAGGAGGGCAUUCCCCCGGACCAGCAGCGUCUCAUCUUCGCUGGCAAGCAGCUGGAGGAUGGCCGUACCCUCGCCGACUACAAUAUCCAGAAGGAGUCCACCCUCCACCUUGUGCUGCGCCUGCGUGGUGGCAUGCAGAUCUUCGUGAAGACCCUCACCGGCAAGACCAUCACCCUGGAGGUUGAGAGCUCCGACACAAUCGACAAUGUCAAGGCCAAGAUCCAGGACAAGGAGGGCAUUCCCCCGGACCAGCAGCGCCUGAUCUUUGCUGGCAAGCAGCUGGAGGAUGGUCGCACCCUCGCAGACUACAACAUCCAGAAGGAGUCCACCCUCCACCUGGUGCUCCGUCUUCGCGGUGGUCAGUAAUUGCCCUGUCGUUUGAGCUGCUGGUUUAUCCUGGUCGUCCGGUGGGCGGUGCCCUGUCGUUCAGUAGAACUGUUUUCUCGUUCGUGUGAGUCCUACUGUGUUGGUUUGAAAACUGUCGAAUCCCCGUGUCAGUCCUACUGCGUUGGUUUAGCGAACUAUCUGUUGGUUGAAACCGUUGCUGGCACAUCAGUAUCGUUAUAAGUAAUGAAUAAGUGAACUUCAGAUAUUGCUCUUA